AUGGCGUUUCGUUCUCCACCAGAACGGCUUUUGAGGCCAAUUGCAAAGGYGAUUUCUGCAAAAACUCGUCAUGCUAUCGGGUCAAAAGUAAAUCGUACAASUACAAGAAUGUACAGAGCAGCUGUAUGCAGGGAAUUGGAAAAGCCACUUGUUGUGGAAGAAAUGGCUGCAGUGCAAAGUCUAACAGCUUCUCAGGUGCGUGUAGCCGUAUAUUCCUGUGGUCUAAAUUUUGCUGACGUUCUUAUGUGUAUGGGAAGAUAUCAGGAGAAACCAAAACUGCCUUUUGUCCCUGGAAAUGAAAUCGCAGGGGAAGUAAUUGAAGUUGGAGAAAAAGUGCAAUCACUGUCUAAGGGUGAUCGUGURUUGGGACUCAUGCCAGCAUUGAAUGGUUUAGCUGAAGAAGUGGUGGUUCCACAGGAGUCACUGUGGCAAAUCCCAUCAAGUUUGUCAUUCAARGAAGCUGCUGCAGUUGCAAUCUCAUAUGGGACAGCUUAUGUUGGUUUGACUUACAAGGCAAACAUUAAGCCAGGCCAGACUGUUCUUGUAACUGCUGCAGCUGGAGCCCUAGGACUGGCAACUGUUGACCUUGCUGCCAAUGUAUUUGGAGCCAAGGUGAUAGGUGCAGCUAGCAGUGAAAAACUCGACAUUGUCAAGAAGAUUGGUGCCAUAGCAACUGUAGAUUAUAACAAAGAAAGCAUCAAAGACAAGGUAAAGGAAUUGACAGGUGGGCGUGGUGCAAACAUAAUUAUGGAAGUAGUGGGUGGUGAUGUUUUCAAGGAGUGUCUGCGAUGUAUUGCAUGGGAUGGGACUAUUAUUCCUGCUGGAUUUGCUUCAGGGAACAUACCACAGAUUCCUGCCAAUAUACUCUUAGUAAAGAAUUGUAAUGUUGCUGGYUUAUAUUGGGGAGCCCAUGGGAAGUUCAAUCCACCRUUAUUAAAGGAGUCAAUAGAUAAAACCAUAGAAUUCAUUCAACAAGGCAAACUGAAGGGACCUCUUGUGUCUUCCACAUUUGAUCUAGACAAGGUUAAUGAUGCCUUCAAGUUUUUACUUCAACGCAAGUCAACUGGAAAAGUAGUUGUCAAUACCCGUUAAUUGUUCAUUAUGUUUUUAAGUACAAGGCAUAUCCAUCCUUCACAACAUUAAUAUUAAAUAUAGCAAAGUUACCUGGAGAUUUAUGCGUAAAGGAGAGAUAGAUGUUGUCAUAUAAAGAAGAAUAACUUUCAAUGCAUUUAUAAAACUUAUUAAUAAUGCAUAAGCUAUUGCUCCAAUACGGGCUGACCAUUUAAUCAGGUGAUUGACCUUGUAAAUCUGAUACAACCACUAGU